UCGGUGAGUUUGCUAUGAGACAGCAGCAUGGAUGCUGCAGCUGACAUGUGAAAGCGUCUGUUUGCCACUUUUUAGACUGUUGUUUUUUUUCCACGAUUAGUACACACUGACCGCGUCAGCCGCCAUGCACGAGCGGUCACUUCCGGCCUCUCCGAACUGGUACUGCUCGCGCUGCAGCGACGUGAGCGACAGGGGCGUGCUGGCGUUCGGAGCCAGGAGCGUCAUUCACCUGGCCGAGGUGUCCGCCUCGGGCUGCACGCUGCUGGGUGAGCUGGUUGGCCACAAAGAGACGGUGUCUGGCUUUUCCUUCUGCCAUCAUGCGGGACAGAGUCACAUGUGUGUCAGCGGCUCCGGCGACGGCUCGGUCAUCUUCUGGGACUCAGACAGCCGGCUUUCUACCAGGGAGCUGUCACCUCAUCAGAGCCCGGUCUCAGCUGUUCACUGGUCUCCGGUGGACAGAAACCUGGUGGUGUCGGCAGACGAGAAGGGGGUGGUGGUCUGUCACUGGUAUCACACAGGCGACAGCGUCAGCUUCUUCCCCGAGCCCAGGACGGUGUUCUGCCUGUCCUGCUCCCCACACACCUGGAACCACGUGGCUGUCGGGUACAAAGAUGGGAUGAUCGUGCUGAUCGACGUGAGCAGGAAAGGUGAGGUGCUGCAUCGACUGCGUGGCCACGAUGACGAGAUUCACUCACUGGCCUGGGCGCCGACGGCCAGCGAGGAGAGUCUCUACGUGCGACCUGAGGAGCUCACAGCAACCAAUGGAGUGACAGACCGAGAGGAGAAGGGCUGCUUUCUGGCAUCUGGAAGCAAAGACCAGACCGUGAGAAUAUGGAGCACAGCGAAGGGAAAAGGCGUGAUGACCCUGAAGCUGCCUUACCUGAAGAGACGAGGCUCUGGCGUCGACCCGGCGGUCAAAGAGAGGCUGUGGCUCAGCGUGCACUGGCCCAAAGGAAGGCCGACACAGCUUGUGUCGAGCUGCUUCAGUGGUGAAAUGGUGAUGUGGGACUUGACCAGGUCUGGGAAGCAGAAGUGGAGUCUGUUCGGGUCGUCGUCGGAGGGUCAGAACCACAGCAGGAUCGUCUUCAACAUGAGCUCAGUCUGCCUGCAGGACGACUCAGAGCUGCUCAUCAGCACCUCCAUGGACAGAGAGGUCAAGUGCUGGGACUUGGCGUCUCUGGAGUGCUGCUGGACGCUGCCCACCCUGGGGGGCUUCGUCUAUGCUCUGACCUUCUCGCCCGUGGGUGCUGGCUGCCUGGCGCUGGGCGUCGGCGACAGCAUGAUUCGGGUGUGGAACACCCUGAGCAUUCAGAACCAGUACGACACCCGCUCCUUCUGGCAGGGCAUCAAGUCCAAGGUCACAGCGCUGGCCUGGCAUCCAAAAAAAGAAGGAUCUCUGUCUUUUGGAACAGACGAUGGUAAAGUCGGAAUCUAUGAUGUCUUCUCUAACAAGCCUCCUCAGAUAUCGAGCUCCUACCACAGAAAAACAGUGUACACGCUGGCCUGGGGACCCCCAGUCCCCCCAAUGUCAUUUGGUGCGGUAGAAAGCAAGCCAUCCUACAGCCUGUACAGCUGUGCCGGCGAAGGCGUAAUCCUGCAGCACGAUCCCUGUAAGCUGAGCGGGGAGGCCUCCGACAUCGACAAGCUGAUUAGAGACACCAACAGCAUCAAGCACAAACUGUCUCCACACACCGAUCUCAGCUGGAAACCAAAUGGGAAAGUCGUCGCCAUUGGCAAUGAAGAUGGGUCCAUUGACGUGUACCAGGCUCCCAGUCUGAAGCUGCUGUGCAGCAUCCAGCAGCACCACAAAAUCAUCAACACGCUGCGGUGGCACCAUGAUCACAGCUCCCAGCCAGAGCUGCACUACCUGCUGGCGUCCGGCUCCAGCAAUGCCAAAGUCUAUGUCCACAAUCUGCGCUCCAUCAUAGAGAGUCCAGCAGACAGUCCUGUGGUGUUGACAGAGCCUUAUCGGAGGCUGUGCGGUCACACCACUAAAAUCACCGGCAUGGCCUGGAGUCCACACCACGACGGCCGGCUGGUCACCGUCUGCUAUGACGGCACAGCCCAGGUGUGGGACGUCCAGCAGGAAGCUGCUGUCUGUAACUACCGGGGUCAUGUCGGCCCUCUGCUGUGUGUGGACUGGUCUCCUGUCGACCCUGACGUGGUCUGGACUGGAGGGAGGGACUUCACUGUGCAGGAGUGGAGACUCUCCAAGCAGGAAUUCACAAAGCCACCCAAAGGAAAAAAGAUGCUCGAGCUGGUGGAGAAGAUGAAGGUUAAUCCUAAAAAGAAGAAGAAUAAGAAGGCAGGAGGAGCGACCCCGGCAGAGAUCUUGACUCCUUCUGUCAACGGAGAGCGGGGAAGAGGAGGAGAGACGGCUGCUGCCAGGGAGGAGCUGUCUGAAGAUGAGGAAGCAGAUGGGAGCUCAACCAGCAGCUCUGUCAAAUCUACCGUUCUGCUGACUGCCAGUUCUGAGACAGGGAAAAAAUCCUUAACCACCUCAAAGAACAAAGACAAACCAGAGUUGCAUUUGCUGUCGAUGAAGAAGAGGAAGCCUCGCUCCAUGCUGCCUCUUAGCACAUCCAUGGACCAUCGGUCCAAAGAGGAGCUGCUGCAGGACUGCAUCACUCUGGCCACUGUGACCAACAGCCAGGCGCCCCCAGCAGGCUGUAUCCCAGGCCAGGGAGAGCACAUCCAUCUGGGCCUCUUCUCUGACAGACAGGCUCUCUACCGCAUGUUUGAAGCAGAAGAGGAGGGCCAUGUGGAGGCAGGGCACUACGACUCGGUGACGUACCUCAGGCUGUGGAGUGGAGACCUGGAGGGGGCGCUGCGGGUCGCCACAGAGAGAGGAGAGCUCAGUGAUCACCUCCUGUCCAUUGCUCCUAUGGCUGGGUACGCAGUGUGGUGCAGGACCGUGGAGGCUUACGUCAAGCAGCUGUGUCUGCAGGAGCAGUACCUGAAGGCAGCAUCGCACCUGCUGUCCAUCAACAAGGUGUACGAGGCCGUCCAACUGCUGCAUUCACACAAAAUGUACAGGGAGGCCAUAGCGCUGGUGAAGGCCAGGCUGCCAGCAGAUGAGCCCGUGCUGAAGGAGCUGUACUCCUCCUGGGCUGUUGUGCUGGAGAAGGAUGGACAUCUGUCUUCUGCGGCUAAAUGUUACCUGGCUGCUGGUGCCAGUUUCGACGCAGCCAAAGUCAUCGCCAAGAAGAACGACGUCUCGUCACUGAGGACGGCAGCCAGCCUGGCCAGGAUCUGCGGGGAAGCCGGCCUGGCUCAGUCGCUCUCACUCAGAUGUGCUAAAGAUCUGGCGGUGGCUCAGGACUGGGUGGGAGCCCAGGAAGUGCUCGGCUCACAGGACAGCCUGCUGGUCCACAGGCUGCACGUCUGCGUCACCGAGCUCCUCACUGCGAUGCUGGCAGAGGCCAAGCUUGUGAACUGGUCCAGUGUCUCCGGUCACCCCUGGGCGUCACCCGGCGGGCGUCACAGCAGCAUCCAGGACCGAAUACGAGAAGUGUGGCAGGAGGAGUUUGGUGUCUCAGAAAGCUCAGCAGCACCGGGCAGCAUCCCAGCUCUUCUGCAGGAGCUGAAAGCUGUGGAGAGUCCGCAGCCCUCCACUCACUUACCACUCAAACAGGUCUUGGCGUAUUCGUCCUUGCAUCUGACCCAGGCUGUGCUGAGCUGGUUGGUGGAAGAUGAUGCAGAGUUGAUAAAGGAGCUUUGGCAGGCUGUGGCGUGGCUGAGAGACGGUCACUUCUCGGUGUCUGCAGAGCUCUGCAGACUGCUGUUCCCUAACGGUGAUGUCAGUGUCUGUUCUCGGAAAUAUCCAAAAAUUCUGCGGCACACGGAGGAACAAGCCAAAGCCGCUGCCAACAGUCUGCAGGCCUUUGUUCAUUACUACCUUCUGUAUGAAAGAUGGUGGGAGCUCAGUUCACCAAGUAAGGCUGGAGCACCGAGUAACUCAGCCGGCAACCAGGAGUCGGCUCAGGAAAGCCACAAUGGACUUGCCACCUUGGCAGCGGACACCCAGCCUGGAGACGAGGUGAAGGACAAAGUGGUGAACGGAGGUUCAUCAGAGCCAGAGGUGGGCGUCUGUCCCGCGACCCAGACCUGCGUCAAUGAGAAAAUCAACUUUGAUGCCUCGGUCCUCCUGUCUGAGGAUCACGCUGCCUGCCAGGCCAUCCGGAGGUCGGUAGCAGAGAUCCAGGAGAGGCUGGCGGCCAUGGUGGCACAGCACAGCAGUGGACAGCAGCUGGACCCUGACAUGAAGCAGGCCGAUGCUGAGAGACGACCUGAUGAGCAGGAGUCCUUGAUGUCCUUGUCCACCAAGAUGUCGGAGUACCACAAAAAACUGGCUGAGCUGCCCGAUACCGUCAAGAUGUAUCCUCACCCAGACCUGACGGAGUGCUGCUUGGUGCUCCUGUACCUUGGGAAGUGGUCAAACGCCGUCUCCGAUUCCCAGCAGCAAGACGCCAGAGAUCUGCUCCGCAAAUACGGAGCGAGCUACUCCAUCCAGAACGCAGCGCGGCAGUUCCUCACCUGAGUUUUUCCUUUUGAUAGAGUUUGUCUUACGGAAAGAAAGCCAAACUGAAAAAAGCACUUAUACUGUACAACUAUAUAUUUGAAUAAAGUCUUUGGUUACAAAAAGAUAACA